AUGUCUCCUCCAGGAAAACCGUUUUGGGGCUUAAAAGGCACUACACUCUCAUGGGCGAUCAGUUUGUGCUCUGCUCGCGCUUUCCUCCUAUUCGGCUACGAUCAAGGAAUCAUGGGCAGUAUUAUCUCAACUCCCUGCUUCCUCGAAGCAAUCAAUGUGAAGGUAGGCGAUCAUCCAGACGCAAGCAAUGCAGAUACUAUCUCCACAGUCGUGGCGAUAUACGACGUGGGCUGUAUGGUCGGAUGUCUCGUUGCGGCGAUCUGGGGUUCUUUACUCGGUCGUAAACGCACAAUUGCCAUGGAGAUGAUCAUCAUGAUUGCCGGGGCCGUGCUGCAAACCGCAUCCUUAUUGUGUGGCUCAGAUGGUCGUUGGAAGAGUCGUCUCGGGUAUAGGCAAUGGGAUGAAUACUGGAGCAGUACCUACCUGGGUCUCCCAAACCUCGGGAGCAGAACAUCGAAGUCAAUUGGUCGCUACUCAAUUGCCCAUCGCGGCUUUCGGGAUAGUCAUCGCGUACCGGAUGAAUUAUGGUUUCUUCCACCUCACGGGACAAAUUGUCUGGCGAUUCCCGAUUGGCAUCCUUUUUCCCUUCCCCAUUAG